GAGGGUGUAGGGGUUUGGAUACAGCACAGAAACACCCUUGCACGCGCUCACUCAUUCACUCAGUUAGCCAACCACUCAGACAAAGAGGAGCAGCAUCCUGCAGGAGGACAGCACGCUCCCGGGGGAUGGGGCAUCAUACCCCUGCAUCGCGUUGGGGGUGUCGGAGGAGGCACAGGAGAGCCAUUCAGAAGAGCCGGGGGUCAAAGGUGAGAAGAGCAGAGGGCACCAUGGAGAGUGAGCCGGGGGCCCCUGCUUCCACUGCCAGCAGUGCUGGGACCACCACCACCACCUCCUCCUCCUCCUCCUCCACCACCACCAGCUCCUCCGGCACCACAGCUGUCAGCAGCAGUAGUACCUCUAACACUACUACUGCUGCUACUACUUCCACCACCUCCACUAGCAGUAGUAAUAGUAGUAGCAGCAAUAGUAGUAACACUAGUAGUAGUGCCAGUAGUACUACUGCAACAGGAAGACAGGCAGUGCCUCAGAUAUCUGUUUACAGUGGGAUACCUGACCGGCAAACGGUGCAGGUAUUUCAGCAGGCGUUACACAGACAGCCUAACACAGCAGCACAGUACCUGCAGCAGAUGUAUGCUGCUCAGCAGCAGCAUCUGAUGUUACAAACUGCAGCCCUCCAGCAGCAGCACAGUCUCAGCACAGCUCAGCUCCAGAGCCUGGCUGCUGUACAGCAGGCCAGUAUUGCUGCUGGACGACAAAGCUCUUCACAAAAUGGCACUUCAUCUCAGCAAACAGGAUCUACUCAGGCUACGAUUAAUCUGACCACCUCUCCAGCAGCAGCUCAGCUGAUCAGCCGGGCCCAGAGCAUCAGUUCCACCCCCACAAGUAUUUCCCAGCAGGCUGUUCUACUGGGUAGCCCAUCCAACCCCACUCUCACAGCCAGCCAGGCACAGAUGUACCUGCGUGCACAGAUGGCACAGCAAAGUAACCUGGUGCAGGUGGCCAGGAGCCUGGGUCGGGCUGUUCCUCUGUCCCCACAGCUCAUCUUCACUCCAGCCGCCACAGUGACAGCUGUCCAAUCAGAGAGCUCUACGCAGGCCUCUUCACAGAAUCAGGUCCAGAAUCUGGCUAUCCGCGGCCAGCAGGGGGCAACCACGUCCUCCUCACAGACUCAGACCCUGCAGGCUCUCAGUCUGAAGCAGAACCCCGUGCCCAUUCAGCCUGCCUCACUGAUUAAGAAUCCCAGCCAGGGGACCCAGGGCACCACAGUGGGGAAGGCCAGCUCCUCCGAAAGCACCUCUGAAGGAGGGAAGAAAGGGGACAGUGCAGCAGUCACAGAAGUCCGAGCUAUAAACAUGAGCCGCAGUGUUACAGCUGUCAGUGCUCAGCCUCUGAUUGCUCCAGCGUACGCGCAGAUUCAGCCUCAUUCAUUGGUUCAGCAGCACAAGCAACAGCAGUUUGUGGUCCAGCAGAGCCAAGGUUCCCAAAGGACAACGGGCCAGUUGCUGCAGACGGCCUCCAUUCAGCCAUCACAGCACCCUGUCCCUGUGCUGCCCAAACCUGGUCCACACCAGCCCCACACACCCAGCCAGCAGGCCACUAUCUUCCACUCCACCAUCAGCCCUCACGCCCUGCACUCCUCCCUCAACCAUGCCAAAGCUCAGCCUGUCCAGCUCACUGCCAUCAACCUACAAAUACAGCCAACGGCCUCUCGAAUGAUUCAAGACAAUAAAGAUAAGCCAACUUCACUCGUGGUCAGAGAGACGUGCCAGACUCCCUCCACACAGCAGCAGCAGCAGCAACAACAGCAGCAGCAGCAGCAGCAACAACAGCAACAGCAACCCGUACCUUCUCCAUCACAACCCUCCAAGCCUGUAGAGCAGCCCAAGGUCGACCCAGCCACACCAGCUGUUCAGCCACAAGGGGGCUCAGCCAAGAGGCCAAGUGCGGCACAGGGGACCCCACCUCCAGCCAUGACCUCAGGAAAUGAGAGUGAGGCACCCACCGUGACGGGCAGCACGCCGCAGAACGGUGAGAACAAACCGCCUCAGGCCAUCGUCAAGCCCCAGGUCCUCACACAUGUCAUCGAAGGCUUUGUCAUCCAGGAGGGCGCUGAGCCGUUCCCUGUGUGUGUGGAGCGUCUGCCCAUUCUCAUCGACAGCCCAAAGAAGCUGGAUCAUCAGCUCUCCUCAGACCCUGACAAAACGCCGGUCAGCAAUGCAGCAAACACUGACUCUGAGCCCGAGGACAUAAGCCAGCCAGAAAAAGAAGAACCCAAGCUGACGUGUGAAUACUGUGGCUGGGUCGACUUUGCCUACACGUUCAAGGGCACUAAAAGAUUCUGCUCAAUGGUUUGUGCAAAGCGGUACAACGUGGGCUGUACGAAGCGGAUAGGACUCUUUCGCCCAGAGAGGAACAAACCGGCAAGUCGCUGGCGUCGAAAAUCUCAGGGCCGCUCGAAUAUAGAGGCGAAAAAGCAGAAGCUGUCCCCUUCACCACAGCAGACUCAGGGCGGUUCAGUAUCGUCGCCACAUCCCUCACAGCCCAGUCAGGAGGAGUCCAGCCCCUGCUCAGACAUGUCCAGCUAUGAGGAGCCACCAUCUCCCCUGUCAGCAGCCAGUUCAGGACCCCUGGCUCCUGCUCCAGCUCCAGCUCAGGUUCCUGUCCACCGGCAGCCGAGCAGAGCCUCAGACCAGGAGAGCUGCGGUGGAAGAGACGCACCGUCACUCUGUCAGCGCUUCUUACCCAACGACCCCACCAAGUGGAACGUGGAAGAAGUUUAUGAGUUCAUCCGUUCGCUGCCAGGCUGUCAGGAGAUAGCAGACGAGUUUCGCUCUCAGGAGAUCGAUGGACAGGCCUUGCUCCUGUUAAAGGAGGACCACCUGAUGAGCACCAUGAACAUUAAGCUGGGACCUGCACUCAAGAUCUUUGCACGCAUCAACAUGCUCAAAGACUCUUAGCAGGAAAGCGUGUGUGUGUGUGUGUGUGUGUGUGUGUGUGCGCGCGUGUGUGCAAGUGUGUGUAGAACAUAGCACUGACAGCACAGGGCACUGACUGCACUAUGACCCAACCUUAUCCGCACUACUGGACCAGUUCCUUUGAUACAAAAUUUCUCUCAAACUUGUCUUAACCCUAUAAACACGUCAUACUUGCCUGCAUCAGUUGAGUCACUAUGUGACCAGUCAUAUACUACCAGUCAGAAAUUUGGACACACCUUCUCAUUCAAUGCUUUUUAUUUAAUUAUUUUCUACAUUGUAGAUUAAUACUGAAAACAUCAAAACUAUAAAAGAAUACAUAUGGAAUUAUGUUUUAAACAAAAAAUGUUAAUCUUCAGUAUUCAUCUACCAUGUAGAAAAUUACACAAAUGAAUAAAAAGCAUUGAAAGCAUUGAAUGAGAAGAUGAGUCCAAACUUUUGACUGGUUGUGUAUGUAGGGCUCUUGGUUAUUUCUUUCUCGUGGCCCUUCAAGCACUUCGGUCAUACUGGCCUGCAGUGUGAUCAGGAAGCUGUUAGUUUGUGUUUACAUGCAACCACAGGUGUUUAUCGGAAACAAUAGCUGUGUUUCUGUAGCGUAUAUUUAUGCACAUUUUAAUGUAUCAUAUUCGAAAAGGUUCACUUAAACAACGCUUGCUUAGAGUGAUUUUUGACAAAGACACUAACACACUUCACAGGAGAUGGAAGCUCCUUUUUUGAAUCAGUUCAGACACAGCAAACACUUAAUUUACAUGACUGAUGUUAUGUUUCUCAAGUCUCCAGACAGCAUUUAACAGCCAAUAUAAACUGAGAUGAAAGAAUUGCAACUUGCCCAAUUUAACAAAAUUCCAGAAGAAUUCUCUCCAUUUGUCUGUGGUGGAUGACUGAAGUGACAGGUUUUGUUUGUUUCUUCUUUAAGGUAUUUUAGUGGUUGGUAAAUGGAGCCUAUACCGCCACUGUUGAUGACACUACACAGCCAAGUUUAUUCACCUCAAAGCACUUAAUGGAAACAAGUCUAAAUUGCUUCAAAUUUGCACAACAAUUCUGUGGAAACACCGCAAAUGAAAUAUGUAAAAGAACUUCUACAAAAGUCGUGCAAAAGUUACACCCAAUAUCAACCAGUUGAGCUGUAUGUAUGAUGUGGAUAAGAAAUGAUGUGUUGAUGCAGUUAGAAAUGCAUGCAGAACAUGCAUGUACCUGCUGUUGGAUCCUCCAGACUGGGGCAUUUAAUGCUUUUUAAUGGGAAUAAAAUGUAAAGAGAUGAAAGGAAAUGAGGGGAGAGGGAUGGGACAAACAUGAUGCAAAAAGGUUGUGAUUUAUGGUCAGGCCUUGCUUUGUUAUAAUCCCACAUUCUUAAAUAAUAAUAAAUCUGACCAACACGUUAAAAGGUCACCUUAUUUUUGCCCCUCCUGCCAUCUCAAGCUUACUGUCAGAAAGAUACAAAUUGCCCUUUUAUCUGCAAAGGAAAAGCUCCACACAACGGCAUUGCUUUCCUUAACCUGGGACAUUAUCAUCAUCCAUUAUCUGUUGUAUCUGUUCGGAUCUGAUCGCAUUGGGGCAGAACUGAGAUAACAAGAUUGCUUAUUAAUACCAGAUGUAGACACCAAAGGCCCUUAUCAAAUGUCAUUAUCGAGAUAACACAUCGAGGUGCCAAUUCUGGGAUAGCAUGAUAAUUCCACAUGUUAAGGGGCUCUUGGAUUCAGUCUGAAGGAAAAGAAAAUCUCUGUAAGAAGUUAAUCUGACAAAGAGUAGAGAACAUAGGGCUGAGAGAACAAACCGUUCUCUACCUGUUCAUUGGUGCCUAGGUUGGGUCACACUGCAACCGUCGGUGCUGAAUUGAGGCAUUAAGACAGAACCUGAGUGAAGUCUGAUUUUAGUAUAUUAUUAGACAUGUUUUUUGUACAGUUUUGUUAGCGUGUGGAUGAGAGAGAGAUGGCCGUGUGUGUGCCUGGGAACAGAAGAUUACAUUCAUUAAUUUUGCUCAUUUUUAUUCAGAAGAUGCUCCUUUUUCCUUUUCUCUCAAUAAGGCUCUCACGGCUCUCGAAUACAAAGCUGAAAUGCAGAGAAACAGUCAAAGCAACUGCUUGAUUUUUCCUUUCAUUUGCCAGUUUUCUCCUAUACAUUUAAACUGCUUCCAAAUGAUUCUUUGGUGGCGUUUUCAAAAUGAUUUACUAAAAUAUGACAUUGAUUUCUUAUGUCUGUGUCAUAAGAGGACACGAAGUUAUCUGAGGAACAAUUUGGAUCUGCUGCUCUCUUCACACAGCCCUGUUCUUGGCACUCAUUUUCUUUUUGCUUUAAUGUUACGAGACGCUCCACCUAAACUGAAAAAUGUAAUGUGGCAUUUGUGAAGCAAUGCAAAAAGUUUGUACAUAGCAACAACCAACGAGAAGAAAACCCGCAGUGAGUCUGUCAUUUCUUUAAGUUAUCCCUGUUAUUUUAAAACAGAAGUUUAAUGGUGUUCGAUAUUUUGAAAUAUGCAAAUGUAUAAAAUAUCAUUGGCCUGGGAGUUGCUUUUGUUAAUGUCUUUGUUUUCUAAUGGAAAGAUGAUCUUAUCUAUUUGUGUUUUGUGGGUGUUAUGGAAAGUCAACUUUUUUAGAUGAUGGUUUGUUAAAUGCUUGUAUUUAUCAGAACAGUUUGUUACACAUUUUGCAGUUAUAAAUAAUUUGCAAUACA